UUUGUUUAAACCAAAACUCGCCCAAUUAAACAAUUCUUACAAAAAAGUUCAUUCUUACAAAGAAAAAUAUGACUCCUUGGUCGAUCAACUCAUGUUACAACUGGUUAACGCUACAUUUGAUCAAAUUGACAAGAAACAUUUGGAAUAUUUUAAAAAACAAUGGGAACAUGCUGGGAAUGGUGAAAAGUUUAUGCUUUUUUUUUCAGACUUAGUUUUACGGUCUCAACAUUUAUGCCGUUCUACUUUUGUCUGGAUUAAAGACUAUGUGGUUGGAAAAUUCGCCACUAAAGUCUCAAUAUUAUUUCUCAAAAUUGGUGAUUGGUUUUCAAAACCAAUUUUUAAAUCUAAUCGUAAUUGUGUUGAUAAUGAUGAAAAAGUCUCUUUUCUUAUUGAUGUUGACGAUUUUGAUAAUGAUAGUUCAGACGAUAUCUUUUCUGAACUUAUGACAGAUAUUGAAUACGCUUUACAAGAAGUAAAGUUCGAAUUCUUUUGCACUUUAAAAUAUCACGAAUUAUUCGUCAACCAAUUAACUUUACUUAAAUAUAUGGAUUCUGGCGAUUUGGUUGAACUCUCAGAAUUAAGGUCUGAUAUUGAAGAUGGUUAUAAAACUUUCAUAGAUGCUCUUCAAUGGUUACAGCCACAAUUAUGUACGGAAACUAGAAUUAUUAGUCGAAUUGAAACUACAAAAACUGAUGGAUUUCUCGAUUUCACAUCGGCAGAUUGGUUUUUAUUAGUCCUUAUUAAGGAAACUGGUCAAUGUAUUGACAGAUAUCUUGAUGAAAUAUCGAUGACUCAAGAAGAAGAAUUACAUUGGGUGGAAUUUAGAAAGUUAUUUCAAUUGUUAAUCGGUCUAUUUCAUUCAGUUACCG